AUGUCUGCAAUUGCUUCCCGAAUUGGUGAGAAUCAGCCAAAUCCAGCCGCUGGCGACCACGAGCUGACGCAUUCGGAGAGCGGAGUCGAGCUGAAAACCUUGCUGAAACUAAUCGAUAAUGUCAUCGAAAUGGCUCCGGCCACCGACGAUGAGCCGUCGUCCGUCGAAAAUUUGAAUUUCCCGCCAGAUCCGUCGAGAUUCAAAGUUUCAAACACUACGACAACCGAGAUUCCGGUGCCCGGAUUUGUGACACUUUCUGAGACCUUGCUAGUUCCUGUCAAAAAAUACCCAAAAUACAAUUUCGUUGGGAGGAUCCUAGGUCCACGUGGCAUGACUGUAAAGCAGCUGGAAAAAGAGACAGGCUGCAAGAUUUUUGUAAGAGGAAGAGCUUCCAGUUUGGCGGCCAACCCAACAUGCAAGCCAAAACGUCAAAAUAACGGGAUAAAUCCUCCAAAACCGUCACUUUCGAAUAUUUCAAAGUGUGCGCUCACUGAAGAACCCCUUCACGUCUACAUUGAAUGCUACGAUUCACCGAGUCGUGCCGAGCAAAAAAUGUGUAACGCUGUGUCGAUAAUUCAGGAUUUGUUGUCGCCACCGGCCGACGGCAAGGACGAGCUCAAGCGACAGCAACUGGUGGAUAUAUCGCUCAUAAAUGGCACGUAUCGAGCGACCAGCGCGUCCAAUGAGCACGUUCGUCAAUACCAUCGCGGACGUCAAACCGUCGAUCCAACGUCCCAUCCAAUUCUGGACCUUCAACCCUUGAAUAUGGACCAGGGAUUUGGUGCCCAGAAUCAAGGAAAUGGGGAUUUAGGAGCGGUUUACGGAAUCGCUCAACAACGUCGUGUAUGGCAGAAACCACGUGGUCCCGAUGCCUCUUCUGAAGAAUACGCGAAAUCCGUGUCUUCUAGAGAGUUCGUCAGUGAUAUUGUCAGCAAGACUAAGAACAGCCCAGUCAAAGGAACACCGACAAGCUCCGAUUCGCUGUUCCAGCUCUCGGAUUCUGUGGUUUCGGAGACUAUGAAAGUGGCCCAAAACCUGCUCGCCUCGCACAACUACCUGACUUCUGACGUCACCGCUUCUACCACCAAAGAACCACAGAUUCUGAAGACGAUUCCACUUCUGAAUCCGAGGAUUCAGAAGGUUCCCCAACCGCCACCUCAUCAAAAUCGCCAUUAUGGCGCCGGAGACUUCCCACCACUUCUCAAUUUCUCUAUCCCGCCCCCUCCUAUCGUGGCUCCGCCCCCUUUGACCCCAUCCCAAAUGUACCGUAAUCACCCGUUCCCACCAAUGGAAUAUCAAAUGUGCUUCAUGUUCCCACCACCGCCACCACCCAAGAAUUCCGCUGCUCCCCGUCGUUUUUAA